UUGAAUUCAUUUCUUGUUGACAUUUUAAACAAACAUCAAACAAUAAGGUAGAAUAUAUAUAUUUAUAUUUAUAAACUUUUUGUGAACCUGCAAUGCGUAAGCAAGGCAAAAGUAUGCUAAAUGGCGGAUACACAAGCAACCCCGCCAAGACCAUUAUUUCCGAUGGAUAUGGCACAGCAAAAGUUGGCAACAACGUUGAUAGUUUUUAUAGAAAACACAGUCAAGCUCUUGCUCAAAGGCAACAAAUCAAUGGGCAGCACUAUAAUCAACGGAACGUAACUUUCGUCGACAGUGUUGCACAAUCUGUGACGCCCGAUGUGGGCGACAACGUGCCACAUGCGUCAUGGCGCUGCCAUAAGCAUCGUGCAAACCUUUCAAGACUGAAGCUGCCCUUCGCUCAAAAGCCAAAGAAGCAGCAGCUGCAGCAGCUGCAACCGCUGCAGCCACAUCGACAGGAACAGGCCCAUAACAAUCGACGUCAGCAGCAGCGCCAGAAGGGGCCACUGCCAGGCGCUGCAAAUCAGUGGUAUGCGCUCAGCAAUCGUGUCCAUAAACACGGCACCACCAUCGAGAUGUUGUACACUGGUCUAACCGUGCCACAGCCCAGGGAGCAGCUCGACGUGCGUGCCAUAUCGGGAGUCACACACGUGACCAUGGAGUUGCCGGCAGGGGUGUUACCCAACAUCAGGAAUAGUACUCCAGACAUGCCGUCCCUGAUAAACGCCAUGGAUUUCUUUAGGUGCCCCGAGCGUCAUCCACCCGCUCCCGGCAUGGGGCCCAGCACGACCAUUCAGGUCAUACCCAAGGACAACAACAACAAUGUCAACCCAAACAACAUGGACAGCAUUGAGGUGAUGCCGUUGAGCUGUGCACGGGCUGCACCCCUGAAGCGCAACUCAUUGAAUGUGGCCUUCCAGAGCUACAGCUUGAUGCAGCUAGAAGUCGAUGAGGGCCAGUCCCAGGAGCCGGGCAGAGUGGUCAUGGAUGCGGAAAUAUCGCCAACAUAUAUGCUAACAACACAUCAGCAGCUGCGCCUGCAGGCGGCCAUCAUGCAGGAGAAUGUGCCGCUGGCCGAUGCUUUGCUGCCCAUCGUGGAGGAUUUGUAUGAGGAGCACGAGCAGCUGGAUCGUGCUGGGCUCCAACUGCUGCCAGCUCCGACACCACUGCCGUAUGGCACAAUGCGGUUUCACUACGGCCAGCCGUCAAGUAUGGCCAGCUCAAAGCCAGUCGCCUUGCCGAAAGCAAGUCCGGCUCGGCUGCCCGAUUCUGUGAUCCAACAGAGCCAGGAUGCGGGCCAAAGACGCGCCAUACGGGAAAAUGGCACCGUCGAUUAUGUGGAUGUUAAUGGCACUAUAAUGGCACUAGAUCCAUAUGGAAAAUAUCAACCAAUGUUGUUUUCGGAAUGGUGUAAGACAAAGAGCAACAGCUGCAAAUAGCCGAAUCAUCGUUUAACAAUGCCAAUUGAUACCACUGAAGACUUAACCAAUUCUAAGAACUAUCCGAGUUGAACUAGACAGUCUUCACAAAUUGGAAUUAUCACACAAAUGAACGUAUUUUACAAGAAUGAAAAAAAUUAUAGGUAAUACGAUAUAGGUAGUUGAAACUCAAGAUUACAGUCGAUACGGUCGUAAACGAACACUAAAUUUGAAUAAUGUUCUAAAAAAACAAAAAAAAAAAAAAUGAAUAGCCAUUUGUAGAAACGAGCACGGUUGAAUCCAUUAAAAUAAGCAU